AUGUUUCAAGGACAUUACGGCCCUGCAGGAGUGCUUCAUUACUUUUUCCGAGAUAUAUCCUUGGCAUGGUUGAUGGUUGCUACUCAAGUCAUAGAUGUCAUGUUUUAUUCAUUUUCUUGGACUUGUCAUUUGGCAUGUGAAAUGAAAAUUGAAUCGAAUGCAAGAUGUGAGAAUGUAUUUUGUUUGGAAUAUGGUAGAUAUAAUGUGAAAGCCAUGAGAGAAAAUAAGAUUUUCCCAUUCGAACCUCAUAAUGACAUUUCAUACAGUUUGACUGGUUCAGUAAUUUGGACAUUGUGCAUGUCAUUGCUUUAUUGUGCAAUCAAUAGACCAAAGAAUCGUUCCUUUCUAUCAAUAUAUGGAGUAUUCUUCAUGGCCAUUGCCUCUCAUUGGUUGUUGGAUGUGAUUGUGAGAAGAAAUGAUGUGGCCAUCCUUCCGCCAUUCACCUCCCAAAAGAUUGGAUUUGCCACUUGGGAAAAUUGGUCAAGAUUUGAGAAUUGCUUAUUGGAAAUUGCAUUCCAUUGGAUUGGUGCAAUAUUUAUCAUUGCCACUAAAUAUGGAAAUGAAAGAAUUUUCAAGAGUUUUUGGAUUGCAUUGAGUUUAUAUAUUGGAAUGGGAAUUUUCAUGACCAGAGCCAUUUUCUAUGGACAGGAUACUUCCAAAAUGGCAGAUCUUGUCGAGGAUGGUGAAGUAUUUGCUCCAGGACAUGCCUUGUUUGCUACCAUUACCUAUUUCAUAUCUGCUAUAUUGGGCUAUUUCAUGAGUUUUAACAAUUCCUCUCAAUGGAAGAUGAAUAAAACUCAAUGA